AGAGUCCUACCUUUUAAUUAUGGUUCCUUGAUCGUUUCUUCGAAUCUUUUACAGACCCAUUCCUUCCUACAUAUUUCGCUUUCACUUCCAUUUGGGCAUUAAUUUUCUUACGUUUUUCGAGUUUUUCCCACCUCUCGGACAAAACCCAUAAAAAAGAAACUCUCGUCUCUUUGCCCAGAAAUUGAUAGCUUAUGACCCACCAUGAAUUUCUGUGUUCAACUUGGUAACUCUUCGAAAAUUAUUGGUUGAUCGAAGAGCUUUCUGCCGUUGGAUGACCUAUAUUGGAAUUUCUUUGAACAAUGUCUGCUUAUGGGAAUGAAAUGGAGCGCCAGUUCUCUACUCAGAGCCAUUCUACUGGGGGAAGUUCUGGGAAUUCAGAUAUGGGAAGCCGCUAUAUCAUAGAGUCAGGAUUCUACAUGACACCUUUAACAGCAACGAUUUUCGUUGGUGCUCUAGCUACUGUUGGAGUGUUACUUAUCACUCUACUGGUCUCAUUGACUGUAAUGUUGCAAUAUUGUCAAAACAGAAGUGAAGGAGUUGUUGAGAUUCAGAGAUCAAGUGUUGAUUAUGACUAUUGCAAGGCUCUAUCUGUGCAUUUGGAGCUAAAUAGCUUGGAAACAGAUGGCAUACCUUCAUUUUGCAAAGAUUUUGCCAUUCAGUACAUUAGAACUGGUCAGUAUGAAAGAGAUUUGGAUUCUUCACUGCUGGUGGUCGAAAAUUAUUUCUGUAGUGCUGCCAAAGUAGACAACGGUCAAGAUAUCGUGCUGAUGGACAUAGAUGACCUUUUUUUCACAAAUGGUGAUUACAACGACGUGCUAAUCUCCAGUGAUUGUGUUGAUCAGGCGAAGAGACUGAAGCAAAACUUUCUUCUAAAAUUGUAUAAGAAACUCAGAUCUUGCAGAUGGCCUACGACCUUAAUAUCAAGAAAGUCAGAAGUUAAUAGGAACGCCACUAUUGAACAUCUUACUUCUGAAGGGUAUAAAGGUUGGCUACAGCUGAUUAUGAGAACGGAUGAUGAAAUGCAGAUCAAUCAUCCGGUAUACUUCAGUCGGCAACGAGCAGCAUUGCAGAGCGAGGGAUUUCACGUUGUAGGUGUGAUGAGCAGCCACAUGGAUGCCUUGUCAGCACCAUCUGUAGGAACUCGUAUUUAUAAGCUUCCGAACCCCAUGUACUCAAUAUCAAUCAUCAAAAAUGGAGGAAACACGCAAAGUUAGAUAGUGAUUUCCUCUGGAAAUUUGUUGCCAUGUGAGCCAUUCCAAGAUGUUGCACAAUACGAGUCAAUUUAGGCUUCUCUAAAGCUGGUUGAGAUUCACACAAGUUCUCUCAUCUAAACUAGUAAAAAAGAAGCACAUAUUGUUGGAGAAGUUGCUAUGUAUUAUCAUGUUCAUGCCAUUCAAUGGAGGCAGUUGCGAAUUUAAGCAGUCAUUUUCUGAUUAUUGUAUAUAGUUUGAUGGUCUUGUAAUGAGAGGGGCAUUGCAAGUAUAUUUCACUUGAUCCUACAUUCCUCGUCUUCAACGGCAUCGACACCAACAGCCAGACCCUAAGCAGCUGUACACAUUAUUUGUUAUAUUUUUUUCCUCUUCUCCAUGUUCAUACCAUUUUGUUUGUGGACCUGGAAAUUUGCAACAAUUUCUUUGAUUGACCUUUUAUGUUAUUCAAAUUGAAGGCCUGUUUGAAACC